GCCAGUUGUCCUCGCCUCCUCUUCGACCUUUUAGUUCAUUAUUUGAAGAAUGAGCGAGGAGGAAGAUAAGAGGCCUACUCGUGGCCUCUUUGAUUUCUCAGAUGGAGGACGUUAUCAAGGAGAGUGGUUCUGUGGUGGGGCUCAUGGUUAUGGCGUCUGUAGCUUGCCUGGUGAUGGUGGUUCCUCGUUUGAAGGCUAUUGGGAAGAAGGGAGCCAAAAGAGUGGUGUAUUUACUUGGUCCAGUGGGCAUAAGUACAUAGGAACAUGGCAAGAUGGCAUGAGGCAUGGACUGGGAAAAGAGCUUCGACCAGAUGGCACAGAAUAUCUAGGUGACUUUAGUUCUAAUGUACGUGGUCCAAAUGGUGUUCUUAAAUUGUCAAAUGGUGCUUUAUAUCAAGGCACUUGGUCUGAUGGACUACAGGAUGGGAUUGGUGUAGAGAUUUAUGCUGAUAAAGGUGUUUAUAAAGGUCAGUAUAAGAAGGGUCAGAGAAAUGGUUAUGGAACUCGUUCCUCAUCAAAUUAUGAAGUUUAUUCGAAAUUGAUGCAACCUAGAGAAAGUCAAACAACUGACAUCAUUGCAUCAUCAGUCGCUCCAUCUUCCUCUCCAACAAUUUCACAUUCUUCGUCUUUCAGGGUCAGUAAAGGCAGUAAUCCUACACAACUACAAACAGGUCCUUCUGUGUCAUCAUUGAAGUAUGUUGCAGAGCCAACAACUGACUCAGACACUCAAAUUUAUGAGGGACAAUGGGAAAAAGAUAAAAGGGAAGGACACGGGAUUCUUAAAAUACCUGGACGCUACUCUUAUCUAGGACAGUGGAAAAACAAUGGUCGAUCUGGUUAUGGUGUUGUCCUUCAUGAAAAUGGUCGAAAAGAUGAAGGUCUCUGGGAAGAAGGAAAACUGGUCCUUCCUCUUAAGAGAAAAAGGCUGUCCUAUAAGCACCAUCAGUUAGAAACAAAAGUUAAAGCAGCACAUACAGCUGCACUUCAAGCUGCUGAUGUUGCUCGCACUAAGUCAAUCUUAGCUGAGAGUCGUUCCUUAGGUGUUGUCAAACGGUCUAAUGCAGCAUCAGUCAGUGCACAGAAAGCUGAAGAAGAUGCAGCAAAAGCUAAAGAGGUCUCUCAAUCACUGUCAGGUGACAGUGGAACUAAAGCAACAGGAAAGCUUCACUCCUCCUUCCCAACUCCAACUGAUUUCAACCUGUCAAAUAGAGAUACAUGUAUUUCAACUCCAGCAGACAGUCUUCUCUCUGUGCCUGUUCUGUCAUCUGCUUCAAGUUUUGAAGAUAUGGCUAGCCUUCAAGAUCAUGAUGAAAAUUUAAAACCAAAUUUGUCAUCAUCUUCAUGUUCAGGCUCAGAUAUUGAAGGAGAAGAAAAGGCUUCUAUGUUUGACUGUGACACUGUGUCAGUUCAGAGUGAUCCCUGUGGGGGCAUUUCUAUCAAGGUCAGUGAAGAAGAAGAAGAAGAAUUUAAACCUGUUAGAGAUCUUUCAUCACGCAGUAAAAGAGCGUCGGUCCCUUCUUCUGCUAGAAGUAGACACAGCAUUUCUUCUUAUGAUGCCAAUAAGUCAAAGUCCAAAUCGUUUUUUAAGCAGCAUAGACUGCUAGAAGAGGAUGAAGGUGAAGAAAGAGAAGGGGAAGAAGCACAAAUGGAAACUGUUAGGAGAAGAUUGAGUCACAUGAAUGCACCUAGAGUUGAUCAAAGUACAGGUGAAGUGACUAAUUUGACAGAUACGGAUGACGAAACCCAUGAAACAGGCAGGUUUGGAAAACCUGAUCAUUUAAGUAGACAAGCAAGUCUUGCUGGAUCAUCUCAAUUUCAACAGUCUCCCUUACAACAGUCACUGAACAUGGAUAUGUUGACACAAAUGGUGAACUGGAACAAGACUGUAGCUUACAUCAAUUUUAUUCUCUUGAUGUUUUUACUCCUUCUCAUAGUUAUACUUGUAGCUUUCUUAACAACUAACUUGUCCCAGAAUAAUCCUGCUUCUUUCAUGAAUCAUAUGGCAUAAUCUUUGUUUUGCUAUAAUGUAGAAUUUGUUUCAGUUCUCAAUCUCUUAUUUGUAAUUGUGAUUACAGUAUUUGUGAAUUUAAUAAAAAUUUAAUGUAAAAUUUAGCAAUAAUAA